CAGGGCUUGUCUUCAGGACACCGCAGGAGACUCUCCUUCGGAAAUCAGCUGUGUGCUUUCCUGCUGCGGGCGCGCUGCCAGUCGCCGCCAGAGGCCCAGGGGAGGCUCCCACCGGGCUGGGCUGCGAGCCUCCGAGGCAGAGAUCGCGGAGCUCGGCGCCCCGGAGCGCUCAGGGCCAGGUGACACCGUCGCGGGCUCCCCGGCGCCGGCUUGACAGUUUCCUCCCCGCCCACCGGCAGGAGAGCGCCCGGCCGGGGUGCACGCGCGCGCAGGGGACAGAAAAGCCGCGGCCGCGCGGAGACGCGGAGCUCGCCCCCCGCCCGCCCCGCGGCAGCCGCAGCCACCAUGCACGUCAACGGCAAAGUGGCGCUGGUGACCGGCGCGGCGCAGGGCAUAGGCAGAGCCUUCGCCGAGGCGCUGCUGCACAAGGGCGCCAAGGUAGCGCUGGUGGAUUGGAAUCUUGAAGCAGGUGUAAAGUGUAAAGCUGCCCUGGAUGAACAGUUUGAACCUCAGAAGACGCUGUUCAUCCAGUGCGAUGUGGCUGACCAGGAACAGCUGAGAGAUACUUUCAGAAAAGUUGUAGACCACUUUGGAAGAUUGGACAUUUUGGUCAAUAAUGCUGGAGUGAAUAAUGAGAAAAACUGGGAAAAAACUCUGCAAAUUAAUUUGGUUUCUGUUAUCAGUGGAACCUAUCUUGGUUUGGAUUACAUGAGCAAGCAAAAUGGAGGUGAAGGCGGCAUCAUUAUCAAUAUGUCAUCGUUAGCAGGACUCAUGCCUGUUGCACAGCAGCCUGUUUACUGUGCGUCAAAGCAUGGCAUAAUAGGAUUCACACGCUCAGCAGCGAUGGCUGCUAAUCUUAUGAACAGUGGUGUGAGAAUGAAUGCCAUUUGUCCAGGCUUUGUUAACACGCCCAUCCUUGAAUCCAUUGAAAAAGAAGAAAACAUGGGACAAUAUAUAGAAUAUAUGGGUCCUAUCAAGGCUAUGAUGAAAUACUAUGGAAUUUUGGACCCAUCAAUGAUUGCCAGUGGAUUAAUAACACUCAUUGAAGAUGAUGCUUUAAAUGGCGCUGUUAUGAAGAUCACAACUUCUAAGGGAAUUCAUUUUCAAGACUACGAUACAACUACACAUCUUGCAAACACUCAAUGAUCAGGCUAUAUAUGAAAAUAAGCACAAGUGAUAUAGACCAUCUCUUCAUUUGAACAUAGCUUUUUAAAUGAAAUAUUACAGUUUGAAGCUUUCCUUAAUGCAUUUGAUGUUGAUUUUCUAAAUUUUUAGUUAAGUAUUUGGAUAAACAUUAUGAACUAUCGAAAAUAUUGUGUGG